AGGCCUCCCCGCCCCGCGCAGGCCCCGCCCACGACCCCGGCCGGGUCUGGAGUCGGCAUCCGGAGGCCGCACGGGGGUGUCGGAUUUCGCAAACAUGGUAGCGCCGGGAUUUGUAUUUGGGCUGGUGCUGCCUUUAAUCGUGCGGGCCGACGCAAGUGCAGGUGUUGGUUUCCGCUUCGCCUCAUACAUCGGUAACGACAUGGUGCUACAGAAGGAGCCCGCCGGGGCAGUGAUUUGGGGCUAUGGCAUAUCGGGAGCCACCGUGACCGUGAGUCUGUGGCAGGGUCAGGAAACCAUCAUGAAGAAAGUGACAAGUGUGAAAGCACACUCUAACAGCUGGAUGGUGGUACUGGAUCCUAUGAAGCCGGGUGGACCUUACGAGGUGAUGGCACAACAGACUUUCGGGAGAACGAACAUCACCCUGAGAGUUCAUGAUGUCUUAUUUGGAGAUGUCUGGCUUUGCAGUGGGCAAAGUAACAUGCAGAUGACAGUUUCACAGAUAUUCAAUGCCACAAGAGAGCUGGCUAACACGGUAGCCUAUCAGUCUGUCCGCAUCUUCUCCGUGUCACUCAUUCAGGCAGAGCAGGAGCUGGAGGACCUUGCCCAGGUUGACUUGCAGUGGGCUAAGCCCACCUCAGAGAACUUAGGCCAUGGAGCUUUCAAGUACAUGUCAGCAGUGUGCUGGCUCUUUGGACGUGACCUGUAUGACGCCCUGCGGUACCCCAUCGGGCUCAUCUCCUCCUCGUGGGGUGGGACCCCCAUUGAAGCCUGGUCAUCUGGAAGGUCGCUGAAAGCCUGUGGUGUUCCUACGCGAGGGUUCACUCAGUCUGAUACUGUGACCGGUCCCAGUAAGUACUCUGUUCUCUGGAAUGCCAUGAUCCAUCCGCUGCACAAUAUGAGUCUGAAAGGGGUGAUAUGGUACCAGGGGGAGUCCAACGUGAAUUUUAACAGGGACUUGUACAAUUGCACAUUCCCUGCGCUCAUUGAAGACUGGCGCCAGACCUUCCACCGUGGCUCCCAGGGGCAGACAGAGCGUUUCUUCCCGUUUGGGUUUGUCCAGUUAUCUUCCUAUCUGUCUGCAACCUCAGACGACACAUUUCCCGAGAUCCGUUGGCAUCAAACAGCGGACUUUGGCUUUGUCCCCAAUGCGAGGAUGCCCAGCACAUUCAUGGCGGUAGCAAUGGAUCUCUGUGAUAGGAAGUCACCUUUUGGCAGCAUCCACCCUCGAGACAAACAGACGGUGGCCUACAGGCUGCACUUGGGGGCCCGGGCUGUGGCUUAUGGUGAGAAAUUGAUCUUUCAAGGACCGCUGCCUGAAAACGUGGAACUCUUGGCCGACAGGGGGCUGCUCAACCUCACGUAUUCGCAGGAAAUCCAGGUGCAGAGGCAGGACAAGAUAUUUGAGAUCUCAUGUUGCAGUGACCACCAGUGCAAGUGGCUCCCAGCUCCCAUGGACGCCUUCUCAGCUCAGACCCUGGCCCUGAAUAUCCGUUCUUGCCGUGGCGCUCUGGCUGCUGUUCGCUACGCCUGGACCACGUGGCCUUGUGAAUAUAAGCAGUGCCCCCUGUACCACCCCAGCAGCACCCUGCCGGCUCCUCCCUUCAUUGCUUUCAUGACAGACCGGAAGCCCGGCGAGCACAGCAAGCUAGCUGGUGACAUAGUGGCAUUAUGAUCCUAUCUUGGACUUAAGUGUGGGUCCUGUAGAUUUGGGCAUUUAGGUGUUUAGGUGCUGAAGUUGAAGCAUGACAACUAUUGCUUUUAAAGGCAACUAAUAGAAAAGCCACCCUGGCCAGCUCCCAGCCAGCACAUGGCUGUUUCUAGAUUCUGAAUAGGAGAUGAGCCAGUGCUGGCAGGCAAACGAGACGCUUGCCUUUUGUCCCCGAGCCAGGCUAGGUGUCUUACUGGACUAAUUCCCAGCUACAAACAAAUGAAGCCCCAGUGUCAUUCACCUCCCUUGUGGAGAGUGCGAGGUAUCACACUUUUGUCACCUUACGUGCAGUGUUGUGGAAACACAGUUGGAAGAGAUUUGAAGGCUCAUAUUUAUGUGUUCUUUACAAAAUCUGGCGAGUGGUUACUGAAUCUCUGUAUAAAGUUUCUAAACUUCCCGACGGUUUUUCCUUAUGUGCAACUGAACUCUUUCUAGCCCUAUUUGUGUUCUCUCCUAAGCCAAAAACAGUUCUGUUCCUUCGUCUAAAUGAUGAUGUGACUGUUUGAAAGCAACCGGCCCCGUGUGCAGGCAUGUGGGGAGGCGCGGAGGGGCUGCCCGAGGGAGGCGGCGAUGGGGGCUCUGGUAGCAGCCCAGGAAGGCGCGUGGGCAGGAACGGGUGGGGGAGUCACGGGCUCCCGCAACAUGAGGACCCAGGUCACCGAGAAGCAAACAGGUUCAGUAUAAAUCUCAGGCUUUUUAAGGUAAGAGGUUUACCUAUAAAAAGGAUAACCCAGAUGGAAGAAAAAGGAGGCUGAAAAUAAAGCUCCACGAUAAGCAUUUAGAAAAAUAAUCCAGAUGGGACAAAUGUGAAAGCGAACUCUGUGGACAGUUAAGAAUCAUAAUACGUUUAUUGGUUGAUUAAAAACAGCUAACAGCACUUGAUAAUUGUGUCAUCUACUGGAAUUUGGAAAUAAAAGUAUAAUCAUUA